GAAACGCCCGUUCGACGUCAACCCAGGUUUCAGUGCCCGACGAUGAGCCAGGAUAUAGGCGCAGAGCCCACGGCGAUCACAGUCAUGAGUCGACGGCUAAGCCGCGCCUUCAGUGGUAGCGGACUCCACCAGACCAGCACCGGCAACUCCAAACAAUUUGCCUCUGUGACACCGUACACACCCAACAAUCGAUUGAGCUUUGGAAUCGUCUCAAAUCGCAACGCGAUAGGCUACGAACCACAGAGGAGAGCAUCCAACACCCCUUCAACGCGCAAUAGCAACGUCAUGGCGCUGCGGGCCGUGGCCAAGCUAAAUCGAAACUUAAAAUCCGCACAGAGCACGAAGAAACCCGUGCAGAAACUGGAUGUCGAGCGGCACUCCAAAGUGCUCGAGCAGUACACGAUCCGGCAAUACAAAACUACCACCACGUCCGUCGUCACCCAGGACUUUCCCUUGUUUCUCGUAAGCCCCGCGGCCACGUGGUACAAGAUCUGGCAACUGUUUACGCUGAUGCUGAUUGUGUACCAAAGUUUUCAAAUUCCGUUCGUGUUGGGGUUUGGUUCGUCCAACAACGCCGGGGCCAACAACAAUCCGUUCCAUGACUACGAAAGCAUCGUCGUCAACUCGAUCUUUGGUGUCGACUUUUUGCUCAAUUGCAACACGGCGAUCCCAGAUCCGACCGGACGCUCCAACUACUACAUCACCCACCGCCUCACAAUCAUUUGGAACUACCUGCGUGGAUGGUACGUCCAAGCCACCCGUCGUGUAGCUUCCCCCCCCUCUUUGGUGUUUUCAUCUAUCCCGUUGGAUCUCUACUGCAUGCAUCACUUAGGCUAUUCUUGGACCUGGCCGCUUGUUUUCCCAUUGACAUUGUCAUGUACGUGUCUGUAAACGGCGGCAGCGGCGUCGGCGGCAGCUUGACCUUUCUAAGUCUCCUCAAAACCGUGCGGCUCCCCCGGCUGCUUCGACUCGCAAGGCUCGUGCGCAUCCUAAAGAUCUUGCAAAUCCCCCCCGAGUACAAGCGCUGGCUGCUCUACUCGCGCUACGCCCACCUCAUCCGGCUCAUCUCGACCAUCGGCGUGUUCUUCUUUACCAUCCACUUGUGCGCGUGUGUGUGGAACGGCAGCAUCGCGUCCGACACGUGGAAGGACAUGUUUCCGUCCAUCCAACCCGGCGGCGUGGACGACUACGUGCUGAGUUUCUUCUUUUGUCUGUCGACGUUCUUGGGUCAAAGCAUGAACUUGCACUCGCAGGACGAGUUUGUGUUUUCGAUCACGCUCAUUUUCUCGGGUGCGCUGCUCAUGGCGGCAGUGUUUGGGGACGUGGCCGUGUUGCUCGCCAACUUUCACGAAAAGCAAAACGAGUACAAGAAAAAGAUGGAAUCGCUGUUUGCAUGCAUGGGCACGAUGAAUUUACCCCUCGACCUCCAAAACCGCAUCAACGAAUUCUACCAAACCAUGUGGGACGUCCAUGCAACGUUGGACGGCCAGCCGGCGACCCUCACGACCGAACUGUCGCGCAACUUGGCGCUCGAAGUCGAGUUGUUUCUGCGCAUGGAUAUGAUCAACCGCGUGCCGAUCUUCCGGACGUGCAGCAAGCGCGUGGUGCAAGAGAUCGUGAUGAAGCUGUCCAUGGAGGUGUUCUUGCCUGGGGACUACGUGGUCGUGAGGGGGGACGUCGCGUUCGAAAUGUACUUUGUCCAGACAGGCAUUUGCGAAGUCACCAACGGCGGGCGCGACUCGUCGUCCAUGGCCUGCCUGACCAUGGCCGUGACGGACGUCGACAACGAAUCCGUACUCCGAUUGCUUCGCCAAGGCGACUUUUUCGGCGAAAUUGCCCUCUUGAUGCAGUGCAAACGCACAGCCAACGUUCGCGCCAAAACCUUUGCAGAGCUGUGUGUGUUGACAAGGGACGUGUUCGAGUCCAUCACGGCGCGGUAUGUGGAGGACCGAGCGCGAAUGGAGACGCACAUCACGGAAAAGUACGACCCGGCGGUGCUCCAGCAGAUUGCCGAGCAAAAACGAAGGGGGCACCCAGCCGCUCAAUCGGAUGCUUCUCCAGAGAGGAACCGUGCUGGGCCGACGAUGAGCCAACCCGUGCUGGACGCGGUCGUGUCGUUGGGGGACCGCCUCACGCAGAUGGAAGCCAAGUUUGCACUCAUGGAAGCGAGGCAGGAAGCGUUUCUGGCCGAAAUGAGACUUGCGAUGGGGUUGGCGGCGCCGUCAUCGCUGUCGUCCCCGAGGUACUCAGCGAUAGCCCGCCAGCUGUCGAGUCGAGAUGCGCUUGACAAUUGUUCAUCCGACGAAGACGACGAAGGUGCAGCGAUGGUCCUACCCCCGAAAUAAUCUUUGGUGAAGAGAGGCAUCGACAGCCAUCAAAACUUAUUGUGUCCAACAUGAGUACAGUAGUCGUUGCAUGAUCAUUCGUUCGU